AUGACAUACCUGGGAGUGACCAUAGACAAAUCACUACUCUUCAAGAAGCAUGUAUGUAAAGCUGCAGCCAAGGCUGAAAAAGUUGGGUCACAACUCGCAAGGCUCAUGCCCAAUGUCGGUGGUCCGCGGGAGGACCSGCGGCGCCUACUGUGUACAGUCGUCCACUCCGUGUUGCUCUAUGGCGCACCGGCCUGGGCCMACACAUUGGACCUCGUUCCCRCCAAUGUCAAGACGAUCAACAAGGUCCAAAGGAAGGUCCUACUCCGCAGAACCUGUGCCUAUCGCACAGUAUCCGAGGCAGCAACAAGUGUGAUAGCGGCAACUCCCCCAGCGGACUUGCUGGCCAGACAGCGUGAGGCGGAAUUCCUUAGACGCAGASUCGGGGCAGGCGCUCCACCAGCAUUUGAGGUAGUUAAUAACUGWCAAGAGAGAUGGGAGGCAUCUGGAUGUUGGACUAGGAAGCUAAUCCCAGAUGUAAACCUGUGGUACACAAGAAACCUCGGUAGGACCAACUUCCACCUCCCCCAGUUCUUAUCCGGCCACGGCUGCUUUGGUUACUAUCUGAACCGAAUUCGAAAGCUGGAGUCACCUGCGUGCAUAGACUGCUCAGCACCCCGUGACGAUGCCGAACACGCAUUUUUCAUCUGCGACAGGUGGUGGAGACAGAGGAGCGAACUGGAAGCGAAGAUAGAUGCGGAAUUCAAACCGGAGACUGCAAUCGAAGUGAUGCUCAAGUCUUCAAAUAACUUCUCUGCAGUCAACGUCUUCGUGGGCAAUGUGCUGAAGACCAGGGAAGACGAAGAAAGAGAACGUCAACGCAGACCAGAUAAUUUUCAACCCUAG